GAGCUUUGAGCGUUGGAAGCCCGUGCUUGGAAAUGCAAAGAAUAGGGCUGCCACGUACCACAGAAGGAAAAAGCGAAUGCACCCUUAAGUGAUAAAAACGUUUACAAAUGUUUAAGAAGAUUUUUUGUGAUAGCAAAUUUAUUCACAAGUUUGUAUUUGGGAGGGCCUUGCAGCGGAAAGUAAUGUCUUGAUUGAACGCCGCUUUCGCCUUUGCCGCUGAUAAGAUAGAUCAGCGACAGAAACGAUGUUUAUUCUUGCUAUUGUACUCAUCAUAUUUAAUCCUGCCGGGAAUUUAGACUGCUUUCGGUUUUGCUCGGCACCCCCUAAAUUCACUUCAUCUUCUGCUCUCUGUUUAAUUAUCAUUGACUUCUGUUUUUUUUUAUAGUGGCAGCCAAAGUGCUACAGCAAUGCUAUGAGCAACAUCAAGCUAACAGCAGACGACAAAAACCAGUGAGCAAUACAUAGGCGGGCGGUGAUAGUGCUAUUUGUUCUGUGGGCGACAAAAGCAACCGCGUCUGCUACUAUGAAGUGUCGAAUUGCUCGUUGACUCUCUCUUCUUUGCCAGUUGUUAUUGUUAUUGUUGAAGCAACGUUAACUGAGUCAUGGGGUUAGUUGAUGUUGUUUGUACGACUCGUGCUGCCGCGGCUGCUUAACUGGAUCACUGGUUGGUUGUUGUCGUUGGUUGAUGGUGGUUCGCAUACACGUCUAUUAUCGACGAGCAACUAUCCCCAAGCAGGCUCACUUCUUAUUUCCCGUUCGUGUUCAAUAUGCAAUGGAUGGGUACUAAUUCGCUUGGGUGCUUGAGAGCGAAUCUCAUCGGUAUGUGGCUGCCUGUUGGCAGUAUGAUUGCUUGUAUGAUUGGAUAAUUACUUGCCUGUGAAUGUAAGUUUCAACGGGUAACCAGUUAUUCAAAGAGUGAGUUUGGUGUUCACCUCUAUCAGCACUAGCGAUGGAAAACAGUAAUCUGUGCGUUCGUGAUUGGACGAGAUGAAGAGGUAGAUCAAAACAAGGAUCGAUGGACAAAGAGAAAAACAACAAUAUACAACAACACACGUAUCUAGCUGUCUAGCUUGUUUUUCUGCUUACGUGCGUCGUGCAAGCUGACGUUAUACCUACUAGUCAUAGGUGAGGGCGAAACGCACAGUACGCAGCUUCCUAACUGUAUCGAGGCUUUCUGAGGCUUCCUGCCGAGUUCGGAGAUCAGGCGAUCGUUACCAUCGGACCCCGACUAAACUCAGAAAGCGAAGUUCUUUUUCAUUUUUCUCUUUUAGCGUGGUUGAUGGGGCUGAAGCAAUAUCAGCUUUCGCCGCAGCAGGCGAGCCGUCGAGGACGACUCGAAGGGCUACAACAGUAACAACAACUAAUGAAAAACUGGUGACGGAAUUCGCAGAUACAAAGCAACAGAAAUCGUCGUCGUCGAUAUUACUGGCGUAGCAAAUUUGUCAUUUUCGUAGAGUUUCUUAGAACGUACGUAUGGAUCAAGACAGGCAUGUAUACAUAGGGAGAAAAGAACACCAAACGAAAUUCAGUAACCUGCAAACUCGUUGAGAAAGAACGGAAGUGCAAAACCAUAUAUCAGCUAGCUAAUUUACUCUUCACCAAUAGAAGUGGAUGCGGAACAUUAUCUAACGAAGUUGGUGAAAACGGACGCUUCUACCAUGAAUCCUGUGAGUAGAUUGCAUUGCGAGGGUUACAUGUGUAUUGGAAACAUAGCCAAUAUCAUGCAUGGUAUAUUAUUAAUCGUCCUGGUAUCGCCUUGCUUAGGAGGACAAGAUGCUAGUCACGGUUCAAUUCCAGCGUUGAAAUGGUGUUUGCUUACAUCAGAUAACCCAGGCAGACGACUCAGCUGGCUAAGCAGGUUGUCAAAACACGUGGUUAGAAGGAGGAUGAUCAAGUUUAUUGUUGCUCUAAAACUUGAAACAAUAAAAUGAACAGAUAAACUGUACUGCAGGCAACGUCUCCGACGACGGUAGAAAUUAUGCUGUUGCCGGAAUAAACAUUUCGCCGACUUUUUUGCCUAUCCUAUCCAUUUUGAUUGUCUUUUUUCUUGAUCCUUAAGGGGGUUAAUGUACCUCUAAUUGUCUUUGCAUAUUGGAACAUUUUUGGGAGUAUUAUAUAUAAAAGAAAAGUACGUGAAACAUUACAAGAUCUAAAACUAGAAAUUUAGCAAGUUUGACUUGGGAAAAAUUACAAGCUCUCUACAAUUAAUCUGAUUCUAUACAUAUUGUAAUUAUACACUUUGAUUCAUCGAUGUCUUCGACGUGCAGCUAACAAACGUUACCAGUAUUAAUGAGCUUUAGAUGUUGUUAUUGAGUUUCAGUGUGCCCAGCAGGUUUGCUGUGUGCAAAACGCAUAAAUCUGGAAUGCUAAUUUGUACUUUCUGCGAUCGUUUUAUUUAUUACUACAGUUAUAACUGACUAUAGCAGCACACUAUGCAGUCAAGACGAUUCAUAUUUCAAACUUAUGAACAUUAUGUUCUUCAGUAUUGUGCUGUUAUAGUACAACUUGGAAAAUCAUAUUUCAAACGAAAAAAGCAUUCUCAGUAUGGUAUGGCCUAUCAGCCUUCGCGUUCAACUAGAGCAUAAUUAUCUUCAUCAUGUGUUCAUUUAGCUCGACUAACUAACUGAGACCGUAAGUUUUUUGCAAUAUUAUUGAAUUUACUGCACGAAAGCACCACAGAAUACCGGCGUAAAAGAAUCCUAAAAUUGUCAACAGUUAACUUGCACUUACUAUGCAAAAGUUGCAAGACUUGUGUCUCUCAACCAACAGGAUCACGUUCAUAUGUGUGCGUGUUGACAAAAAUAUCGAUUCGACUAUUAAAAGGCACUUUAAUAGUGUUGUUUUAUGCUAACGUUUUUUUGGUAAUACUGGCGCACAUUGAUUUGUGCGACGCUCACUAACUGAAUACGUAACGUGCACUAGCAAUCGAUAAGCUGCACCUUAUUCACGAUUUGCAUGAAUUUUUUUAGGCGUUAAUCUAAAUAAAGAGGGUAACAGAAAAAUCAAAAGGGCCAAUAGAUAGAAUAGUUACCUUUAUCUUAUAUAUAUAUCUUUAUUUAUUUAUUAUGGGUUGGCCAGAAUUUGUCAGAGAACGUAUAUAGAGACCAAUACAUAUCAACAGAAAGGAAAAUAGACUCAGCCUAAAAAUGUCCUCCAUGAGGUCUGAACCGACGAAUUUGUAUAAAAACGUUCAUCGUACUCUAGGUUUAUAGAGUAGCAGUAUUAGGAAGCUUAUAAAAAGACAAUUGCUUCGUUGGAAAAAUUUCUUUAGUAGAAACCCGUUAACCGGUGAGUUAAGCCAUUAAUCGAAGGUUCCAACAUAUCCGGGCGGCAUUUCACGGACCUAAGUUUCUAAUUGUUAUUAUUGUUAUUGACCAAUAAUUAUAUUCGUCCUUAAGUUUCUUGAUUUCUGAGAACCGAUUCUAGAACUUUCGAAGCGAAAACGUUCUUGCGUGACUGAAAGAAGUUAUUUCAAUGAAAGCACAAGCUUUUGUCGUUUGGUUAAACGCACUUCGAGAAUGAAGUCAGACUCAAUUAUUUUGGCCAGAAAAAACUUUUUGGUUUUACCAUUAGAGUUUGCAAAGUGUCAGCAGAUUCGAAAAGUUCAGCUUGUUACCAAUAAGCAAAUAAACGACAAUUAAUUGAAGUGUAUAUGGAAAUUGCUACUGAAGUUAAUUAUCAAAGAAAGGUUUCAAGUGUUUUAGAUGUGAUGGCUUGCAGUUUUUUGUAUCAUUCUUCCAUAAACCCGCCAAACCACUACGAUCUAUUAUAAAUCAGCUAAUACUUAGCAAGGUAGCUGAGUUGUUAUUAUAUUUAUUACCAAAUUAUCUAAUGCACAAUAAACCCAGCACUAUGUACCGGCAUAUGGUAGGUUGAAAAAGGUUCAGCUGUGCUAUUAAUUUAACUAAUUGUGAACUUUUUCUAUAAGUUCAAAAUAGGCAUCUGAAAUUAAUUAUAAUAGACACAGAUAUUGGAUUCUUUGCGAGCCCAGAGGCUUUUUUAGCCCAAUGCUUUGCUCUACCUACAACGUUUAUGUUGUAGGCAUAUUGCUUACCUAUAACGACAAUUUUACAAUUUGCUUAUCUAUGCUACCUCAGCAGGACAAGCAUACAUUCAACAAUCGGUGGCCGAUGAUGCGGCCGCACCUCAUUAAGCUUCUUCGCCAGCAGGACAUUUCACAUCCAGACUGGCAGGGUUUAUUCUGGGAUAUCCAUUCAGUAUGCUUGUGGGACGACAAGGGCACCGUACAGUUAUAUUCCGCUUUAAAGAGCGAUAUCACAGAGUAUAUAGCCGACUCACAAAAGCGGGUACUCGAGAACCAAGAAGAUCACGCUCUAUUAAAGGCUUACAUUCGAGAAUGGCGACGAUUUUUUGCCCAGUGCGGAUAUCUGCCGCUACCAUUUUCGCAGUGUGAUGCUAUAGCGCGCCAGAAACUUCAACAAUAUGGGCUUCAAGUGUCAAACGCUUCCAGUAAACGGGUUGCUUCGAGCAAUCAGAGUGAAGUUCGCCAGAUGAUGUUAGUUUCAUGGAAUGAGUGCAUCUUUCAAAAUAUUCGCACACGUCUUCAAAGUGCUGCCCUAAAACUCAUUGAGGCUGAACGUAACGGAGAGGCGUUCGAUACGCAACUUGUCAUUGGUGUCCGUGAAAGCUACGUGAAUCUCACGGCUGAUCCGGAUGCUCCACUCGAGGUAUACCGAACGUACUUUGAAGAGCCCUAUCUGACUGCAACGACCGAGUUCUACAUGGUGAAGGCACAGGCUUUCCUCCAAGACAACGGAGUUCACGCGUACAUGCGGUACGCUGAACAAAAACUCAAAGAAGAGGAGGCCCGAGGCGCGAGAUAUCUAGAGACAAGCGCUGACUCUGCUUACAAACUUCGUAAAUGCCUUGUAGAUGAGCUUAUCAUAAAAUAUAUGGAUGUUAUUCUUGCAGAAUGUCCAGCUUUAAUUCGUGCGAACGACACGGAGAAAUUAGCACUCAUGUUCAAGCUGAUGGAUUAUAUCGGACAAGUUCAAGAGGAAGACCCGGAACGUGGCAACCAGAUAAAAAGUCCCGACACCAGCUCUGAAGAUGACGCUUCGCCUGGCAUUGUACAGAUGCUUGCUCACAUGCACGAGUUCAUAGUGCAACAGGGUUUAGCCGACAUGCGCGCCAAUGCGGAUACAAUUACGCAAGAUUGUGAGAAAUACGUGGAGGCGCUACUUGAGCUGUUCAAUCGAUUCUCGAAUCUCGUUGAGGAGGCCGCGAACAAUGAUCCGCGGUUUUUGUCAACGCGAGAUAAAGCUUUUGAAGAAAUCGUCAAUAAUUGCAGCAUCUUCACAAUCCAUAUGCCCCAGGGAAUACAACAAGGUAACCGUUCGAAAGUGGGCAAGACGUCUCCCGAGUCACGCUGUCCUGAGCUUCUUGCGAACUACAGCGAUAUGCUGCUUCGGCGAACAGCGUUAUCAAAGCGUCUGACUAGCGAAGAAAUCGAUAACAAGCUGGCAGAUGUUCUCACGCUUCUACGCUAUGUUAAGAACAAGGAUGUCUUUAUGCGAUAUCACAAGUAUCACCUCACAAGACGGCUCAUCCUCGACAUCUCAGCCGAUAAUGAAAAAGAAGAGAACAUGGUGGAAGACCUUCGAAACGUGGGAAUGCCUGCCGACUAUAUCAAUAAUAUGCUCCGCAUGUUCCAAGACAUCAAGUUAAGUCAGGACUUGAACCAAGAGUUUAAGGAGUUUAAGGAAGGACCCGCUGUGGGCGCAGUGGCCUCGGGCAGAGGUAUCACAGAUGUUGUCAAUAUCAAAAUUCUGAAUGUUGGGAGCUGGGUGAGGAGCACUGAUAUUGUACCCGUGUCUUUGCCCAUCGAACUUGAGGACCUUAUUCCAGAGGUGGAAGAUUUCUACAAGCAAAAGCAUGGGGGCCGUAAACUUCAGUGGCACCACCAUAUGGCAAACGGGACGGUUACUUUCUCGAAUCGGGUUGGUAAAUUCGAUCUUGAGAUCACAACGCUACAAAUGGCCGUGCUCUUCGCAUGGAAUCAGCGGCCACUUGACAAAAUCUCGUUUGAAGGCCUGCGGCUGGCGACAGAAUUGCCAGAUUCUGAGCUUCGCCGCACUCUGCAUUGUCUAGUGUGUUUUCCCAAACUAAAAAAACAACUGCUUUGCUGUGAUCUACCUGAUCUUAAGACACCUAAGGAUUUCAACGAUUCAACGAACUUCUGGGUUAACCAAGAGUUCUGCCUAAUAAAAAAUGGCAAAGUACAGAAACGUGGUCGGGUGAACUUAAUUGGUCGUCUACAGCUGGCCAGUGAAAAGGCUGCUGAGGAAAACCAUCAAGAGAUUGCCGUACUUAGAGAGCUACGUACCGAGGAGGGCAUUAUGAAGAUAAUGAAGAUGCGAAAACGCAUCUCAUAUGCGCAACUUCAAACGGAGUUAGUUGAAAUUCUGAAGGGGCAAUUCGCCCCGUCUCGCAAGUUGAUCAAGGAAUGUAUCGAGAAGCUAAUAAACAACAACCACGUGCAACGCAGCGAUCUCGACCUUAAUGAAUAUAUUUAUGUUGCCUAGAAAAACGUGGAAAGACGAAACGAAGAAGUUGUUGUCCGGACCACUGGCGGUAGUUUACGAAUCAUAUAGAAAUAAAUAUAACCCCACUGAGUUAGGCAAAGAUUAGAAGAAGCAUUGUAAAAAAAAAAUACAGACAAGUGCUUAAAGAAACUUUAUGACAAAAGUGCCACAGCAAAAAUGAAGGUUACAAACACUCUGUUUUAAUCUCAGUACCCCUGCUCGGGUGACUAGAUGUGUGCGAAUAUGGUGAGCAGAAUUCGGGCGAAACAUCUUGCCUAGCAUUGGAAGAUAAGUGAACUUUUUUAAGUUAUUUAAUAACAGUUCUUAUCCUAGCAGCUGAUCAGUAACAAUACAGCUAACCUAGUUAUAUCUGUGAGAAACAAAACAAUACUUUAAUUUUGAAGUUUAUAUAUAUAUAUAUAUAUAUAUGAGUGCUGUCUCAGGGCUAACUUCAAGAAGAUGACUUUGAAAAAAAACCUAUAUUGAGGAGUCAUAGUUCAUAUAACAAAUAAAUAAUAAUAUUAGUAACAGAAACGUAAUAUUAGACUCCAGUCUGUCGUUGUGAUACCUAACUCAACUAGAAAGCAGUCAUUUAUAAUAGUCGACGAUUAACACAUUCUCUAGCUACGCAAAAAACUAUUUGGAGUUAUCUGCCUGUUUUAUUUGUUGCUUUUUAUAAGUGGAAGUUUCUUAUGUCUAUACAUCUAUCGACAUGUGCUCUGUCAUUAGCCAAAAAAAAAAAA